AUGAAUUCAGACGCCCGGGCCACCAGCCCUGGUAGGCCUGACGAGCACCGGGUGGUCAACAUCGCGGACAUACCCGAUAUGACCAUCAAUAACAUUGCCGACAAGAAUCUGAUGUCUAAUCCCAUACCUAAAGACGUCGACAAACACCUCAACACUAGCCUUAACAACGAGUCCAUCAAUGAUAGCAAAGAAUAUUCUGUGAAUAAUAGCCGCGAAUAUUCCGCGACUAAUAAUAACGUUCACAAAGUCUGUUACGACAACCCGGCGUUCAUAGGGCUCAGCAUAAACGGGCUGACACAGAGCACCGGUAGCCAAUCGCCCACGCCAUCACAGCCCACAAACAUAUCGAUCAUCAUAUCUAAUACAGUGUUGAGUUCGAGCGAUGAGAGCGCCGGUAGUCACCCGCCGGCUAAUAAAGACCGUACGCACAGCCUAUCGUCCGUACAUAGUAUUCGUAAUGUGUUGACACCGGACAGGCGUUAUUCGCGCCGGCAGUCUAUAAUACAGCGUAAGAUCGACUCAAGUAGGGAUCGGUCGGGCAGUGGAGGGCCGGGAGGUGUUAGUGAGGGUCCGGACGGUGAUGAUAAUCCCCUGAGACGUAAGAUGUCGUUCAUUAAGGACACGUCGGGUGAGGAACCGCUGAAUAGGGCUGUCAUUCAGAUACUCAUUGCAUCCCUUUUUGCCGUUGUAAUUACUAGAUUGCUUAUAUUUUGUUUGGGGGAACGGCAUGCAAUAGGGUUCGGUAAUGUGGGCGCCGGUGUCAUCAUCAACAUCAUCCAGACGUGGCGCGUAUUCAUCGACAUUAAGACUAUGUUUGUGUUGAUCCCGUCCCUACUGGGGCUCAAAGGGAACCUCGAGAUGACAAUGGCCUCCCGUUUGUCCACCGAAGCAAACAUGGGUCACAUGACUAAGUGGAAAAAGACCCUGGGCAUGAUUGGCGGUGACAUGGCCCUGGUGCAGUGUCAGGCUACUGUGGUAUCAUUUUUGGCGGCAUUCGUAGCCAUUGGUAUAGACCUGGCUCGGACACAGCAUUUUAAUCUGGAUCAUUGUCUAGUAUUGAUAUCCAGUAGUGUAGUCACCGCUAAUGUGGCCUGUUUUCUAUUGGACAACGUGGCCACACCUAUAGCCGCAUCCCUGGGCGACGUGUCCACCGCCGCGUUAUUCGCCUAUUUCUCGGAGCAAAUCUACGCCGACAUCGCCGACAGUGAGAGGGAGGGCUCGCGGACCCCCAUACUCGCCAUCGCAGGUAUCGCCGUAUUCCUAGUCCUACUGCCCGUGUUUUACGUGAUAGCCCGGCGCAACUCGUUCACCCAUAACCUGGUGCACACCGGGUGGACCCCGGUCAUUACGGCUAUGCUGAUAUCCAGUGGGGGAGGCUUCUUUUUGGACUCGGCGGUGGACAGGUAUGACAAGUUGCCGCCCUUUCAGCCGGUUAUUUGUGGAGUGGGAGGCAAUUUGGUGGCCGUGGCGGCCAGUAAGCUAAGUACACGACUGCAUAUGAACUGGAAGUUAGGGUUAUUGCCGUUUGGGGUCAGUAGGUAUUCCGCGCCGUGGGCCGUGUUUUGGAAUAAGCUAGACAUAAACACCAGGCUGUGUUUAAUGCUACUUUUAAUGGCCAUUCCGUUGCAUUUAUUGUAUUCAUUUGUCAUAUGGGGUAUCCAGAGGGACAGGAUUACACUAACAGCCCCUUUGAUAUUUUUCUACAUAUCAUUCGCUACAUUACAGGUGUUUAUAUUGCUAUUCAUUGGCUAUAAUUUGGUGCACAUAUUGUGGUCGUACUCCAUAAACCCGGACAUGUCGGCCAUACCUAUACUGACAGCGCUGGGAGACCUACUCGGGUCGGCAUUCCUAUUGAUAGCCUUCGGUAUACUGCAGAGUCUAUCGGAUCCCAACGCUAUGCUACCGGUGCUCACAGAUAACGAUACAAAUACUACAAUUGCAAUGAAUACCACGAUAUACCUGUCCCUCAAUUCAACGCAAUUGUAA